UUUAAACUGCGUUGAGAAAUUGACAUUAAAUACACUAUUAUAUAUAUGCACGACACAACGAAGCAUAUCUCUAUGAAACAACAUUAUAAGUUCUAGGAUAAUGUAUUGCACUGUGUUUUGGAUAAAGAUUGCAGUGCUUACUGUUUGCCUUGUACUAGGUCAGAGUAAAAAACACAUUGCAAGUAACAUCUGCCCUAGAGAAAUCCUUACUUAUGUAUCAGAGGGAAAUGCCUGUAAUAGAUCGUUAGAAGAUUUACAAAGCAGCAUAGACUAUUUGGGAGGUGAAAAUAAUGGAUGCAAUUCCACUUGCACAGCAUCUUUUAAUUACGACAACAAAGACAGCAGGCAAUAUGACAUUGUUGAAAUUAAAGUAACUGUUUUCAACAACAUAAGAAAUAUCUCGCUAACCUUCGAUGCCUGCAUGAAGGUAGCUAACAACAGUGGUCGAACUUUAUCUAUAAAUUGCAAUGAAGUAGAAACUAAUGCUUACUUUUACCACCGCUGGUGCAGAAAUAGGUCGGAUUGUCUACAAAAUCAAGAUUGCUUACUAUAUGGGGAUCUUGGAGUUUGCUCAGCGACCAUUACAAACAACAUCUCUACCGUAGACAAACGCAACAAAGAAAACAGAGCUGAUGGAUAUGAAAUUGGACAUGUGAUUGGUGCAGUUAUUGGUGGGUUUGUUACAGGCAUUGGAAUUUGUGCUGCUGUAAUGUUCAUUUUAAGAAGAAAUCCAAAAAGAUUGAAGGAUAAAUCAAGGGACGUGAAGGUGCAAUUUGAAAAAAAAUCUAGCUUUGAAAUAGGAAGCGGUCAGAAAGGAGAUCAAAAAGAACCCCUUAACGAUGAGGACAAGGAAUAUUCUACCGUCACAAAUGUACCUAAAAAUAAUGAGGACUUGUAUAACCAUCUUAAUGAAGUGAAGGAAGAAAAUAACAUGGACCUUUAUGACCAUGCCCACAAUAAUUCAACUACUUCAUGAGGAAUUAAUACUAUAUAUGUACGCAUGCACAUGUAAAACUUUCCUAUAAAUGGAAGGGUAUACGCAACAUGAGU